AUUCUUUGUAAUUUUUCUGUUGGAUUUUGAGGUCGUUUAAAGGUCGUGUUUAUCGUCUAUAAAUAUGGCAUCUUCUACGUUUGCAGACCGAUUUGUUAUUUUCUUGGGAACUUUGGUUAAUCUUCAAACAUUUGGAGUUGCUGUUGGAUACUUGAUUAUGGUUUUCCUUUCACCAUUAUGGAGAAAAUAUGUAAAACCAUUACAAUUAAAUAUGGUCAUGGUGGUAUAUAACUUCUUCUGCAGUGCGCUCAGUCUCUAUACUGUUAUUCGUUUCGUUAUUAUAUUUAUCACGACUAUGGAUCUGUUCGACAUGACGAAUCACAAGGAUCUAGCCCAUCCAUUGUUCAUGUAUUUCAUCACAAAAUGGAUAGAACUUCUUGAUACGGUGUUCAUGAUUUUACGGCAUAAGGAAAGACAGAUAUCAUUUCUACAUGUCUAUCAUCACUGUUCAGUGUUGCUUCUGAGUGAUCUAGCUUACCGUGGCUACCGAUGGCCGCCAGUUGGUUUCAUUCUCUGUAUGAACUCAUUUGUCCAUAUAUUCUUGUACCUCUACUAUGGUCAAUCAGCACUUUUUCCAGGACAAAGCCCUUUGUGGAAAAAGCGUCUUACUCAAUUACAAAUCUUUCAGUUUGUUAUUGGACUGGCACAUACCUCAUGUGGCUACCUGUACCAUGGCUUUUGCCUUUAUGGCCCAUUCUAUGCACUAAGCAUGAUGCUCCUAUUUUCAAAUUUUUACUACAAUGCAUUUGUUCGUCAAAGAUCUAAUAAUAGUGCUAAGAAGACAAGUUAGGUGAAUUUUUGUGAUAUUUCUGAAUAUACUUACGGUAAUUGAAUUUUCUAUAUGCUUUGACAAAAUUCAUGAACAUUUAACAAUUCCAUAGGCAAAAAAGAAUUGUUUUCUCUAUGACAAUGAAAGAAGUUUCAAUUAAUUCAUUAAACAAUAAAGGACUUUUAAAGUAAUAGCAUUUCAUGUUGUUGACUUGUAAUAUGUCAGAAAAGGAUUCGAAGUCGAGAAGAAGGAAAAUUGUAAGUGGAGGGGAGACAGGAUUGAGUGGAAGUGUUGGGAGAAAGGUUUAAGUGUGGCAAAAGGUGUAUGGAAUUCAAGAGCAGUCAUGAUGGUGUAGUGGCUAAGACAAGUGACUGGUAACUAGGCAGGUGGUGGUUUGAGCAUGUGAAGUGUCAAUAGAAGAAGUUGAUUUUUCGAUUGAUUUAUUAGGUGUAAGUUUUGGAAGUAAGGUUUCAGUGUGGCAAAAGAUGCAUGGGUUUCCCGAGAUGACUGCCUGAG